AUGGCCUUCGCCCAAGGCGAUGGUGGUUUACUUCAGAUGAAUCAGAGCAGCUUCGAUUUCAAUCUACCAUUCGAGCAGCUGUUCUUCUCCAUCAUACCCUCUGCACUGUUCAUAGUAUCCUCCGUAUGGCGCACUAUCUUUCAGGCACGGAAACCCGCUAUCGUCAACGCGCCCGUCUUCCAGCUCAUUAAAUUGGUACAAAUUCCUGCCCUCUAUCGUUCAAUUCAGGGUACUAUUAUGACAUAUGUCGGAGUCGAGCUCGCACUCCUCAUCCUGGUCGCGCUUGGGUCGUUCCAUUCAAACGGAAUUUUCGUGGCUUCCUCAGUUCUCAAAUUUGUGACGGCCAUACUGAUGAUAACGUUAAGCAUGGUAGACCAUAGUAGAAGCCCAAGACCUUCUGUGCUUCUGAGUAGCUAUCUUUUUGUGACCCUUAUACUGGAUGUCGCCCAAGUGCGAACGCUCUUCUUACUGGCCGGUGGCAAACCCGAGCGCACUUACAGUAGCCUUUUCAGUGCUUCGGUGGCUUUGAAAGUCGCAAUGCUGCUGUUAGAAGCUAAGCCGAAAUCUAAAUGGGUAUGUUGGGACGAGAAAAGUCACAGCCCUGAGGAAACAAGUAGCAUCUUCUCUCUCGGCGUUUUUUUCUGGCUCAACAAACUGUUUUUAAGAGGCUACAAGAAGAUGCUUACGCUGGAUGACCUGUAUCCACUCGAUACCACUUUGAAAAGCAAAGUUCUCCACGAGAAGUUCUCCAAGAAUAUGGACUACUCGAAAUUGAAAGGGGAUAAGUUUGGGCUCUUGAAAGUACUGAUAAAAACGUUGAAAGCCCCUCUCUUGCUUCCAGUCCCGGCACGUCUGGCGCAACUGGGAUUCGCAAUUUGUCAACCAUUCCUGAUCGAAAAGCUACUGGACCAUCUCAGAAAUCCGGAGGCUUCCGCCAAUGUUGGUUAUGGUUUGAUUGGGGCAAGCAUAUUGAUCUACGGCGGCAUAGCCCUCUCCACGGCUCUCUGCAUGUACCCCCAUCAUCGAAUGCGUGCUAUGACAAGAUCGAUACUCGUCACCGAAACAUUCAUCAAAGCCACCGAGGCUCGCAUGGGAGCUGAGGAUCACAACGCUGCCCUCACUCUAAUGAGCACCGACAUCGAGCGAAUCAAGUUAGGGUUCAGAAUGAUACACAACGUAUGGGCGGGAUUUAUUCAGGUUGCUCUGGCCGGAUGGAUGUUAUAUAUUCGAGUGGAUCUUGUAUUUCUGGUGCCAAUUGGAAUCGUUACCGUUUGUUUCGCUCUCUUGGGUAUCCUUAUCAAUUUCACGGGGGAUUCGCAAAGGUCCUGGAUGGCCGGAGUUCAGAAGCGUGUCGGACUAACAGCCACAGUCAUCGCUAGUAUGAAGAACUUGAAGAUUUCAGGCCUUUCUUCCACCAUCGGCGAGUAUGUGCAACAGCUCCGCGUGGAAGAGCUUGCAUCCGGAGCUCGAUUUCGAAAGAUACUCCUUCUGGCAGCGGUCUUUGGUUACACUCCAAUGUUGAUGAGCCCACCGCUGACUCUUGCCUUCACAAAUGCGACAUUGGAUACCACGAAGGUAUUCACGAGUCUCUCGUUCCUAAGCCUUUUGACAAACCCAUUGUCACAGAUCUUCCAGUCCGUGCCUGAGAUUGUUUCUGGUCUGGCUUGUGUAGGCCGAAUUCAGGCAUUCUUGGAGUGUGAAAGUCGCGAAGACUUUCGUCGUUUCUUGGCCGAUCAAAAGAACACCUCAGAUGAUCCCAAAGCGAACAUGGAAGUUUCUUCUGGACCGACACUAGACUCGGCCGGUUCUGCUAUUAUCAUUGAAAGCGGCAGCUUUGGGUACGAGGCAGACAAGAUGGCAUUAAACGACAUCAACAUCCGAAUCACGAAGUCUGAGCUUACUAUGGUUGUAGGACCAGUUGGGUCAGGGAAGUCUACUCUCUGCAAAGCUUUACUUGGAGAGAUACCGUUCAGCGAAGGAAGUGUCUGUCUAAGCAACAAUAUCCCUCGAGUUGGAUUUUGCGAUCAAAUUGCUUUUCUCUGGAACGGAACGAUCAAGGAAAACAUUAUAGGAUUCUCUCCUCUCGACGAGAACAGAUACAUCGAGGUCAUAAAGGCCACAUCCUUGGAGUUUGACUUCGCUGUGCUUCCGUUAGGCGACGAGACCAACGUCGGAUCCGAUGGAACAACAUUAUCCGGUGGCCAGAAGCAGCGCGUUUCUCUUGCGCGCGCUCUAUAUCUGCAGUCUGAUCUACUUGUGUUAGAUGAUAUCUUCAGCGGCUUGGAUGCGGAUACCGAACAACAAGUUUUUACGCAAGUCUUUGGGAAAGACGGCCUUCUCAAAAGGAGACGCUGUACCACUGUGCUUUGUACCCAUAGCGUCAAGUAUCUGCCUAAAUCAGAUCAUGUCAUAGCUCUUAAAAACGGCAGUAUAGUCGAGCAGGGUAGCUUCGAUAACCUUAUAGCUGGACAAGGCUACGUACAGGGAUUGGGACUGAAUGCCUCACUGGGCAGCGAUGAUAUAUCGAAGGAAACUACAUCGACAGCGGUGGAGACAAGCAAGAAGGAACCGCAUCUGGAACUUCCUCAAGCGACAAUGCCUAUUCCGGCUGUCCAUGCAAGAGAUACAGAUCAAUUGCGUCCUGUUGCGGAUACGACGGUAUAUCGACACUACCUCAGAAGUAUGGGGUGGAUGCUGGCCGCUUGCUGUAUAUUUUCGGCUGCUCUCUGGGGGUUCUUUACGAAUUUCCCAACAGUUUGGGUCACAUUUUGGACUGACGACAUCUCCACGGGACAUCCUGUCCACUCUAACGCAUAUUAUGCUGGUAUCUAUGCAGUGUUUCAAAUCUGUGCCAUGAUUUCGCUACUUCUCCUUGGCAUCUUACUCUUCGUAGUCUCUAUUAAACGAACAGGUGCCAAUCUUCACCAGGAUAUCUUGCGAACAUUGAUCCGGGCUCCUUUGGACUUCUUUGCUAAGACAGAUACUGGUGUGAUCACGAACCUCUUCUCACAGGAUCUGAACUUGAUUGACACAGAACUGCCAGAGGCAGUACUGAACACUCUAUUUUGUCUAUCACUAGCUAUCGGGCAAGCUGCUGUAAUGCUUACAUCGUCUCCGUACUUGGCUAUCAGCUACCCGAUUCUUGCCGCCGUACUGUACCUUAUAGGAAAGUUCUACCUUCAGACAUCCAAACAGCUGAGGCUGCUGGAUCUCGAGGCCAAGAGCCCCUUGUACACUCAUUUUCUUGACACUUUUAGGGGAAUUGUCACUCUCAGGGCCUUCGGUUUUAUUUCAGAAGACAUUUCAAAGAACGCUGAUCUACUAGACACGAGUCAGAGACCUGCAUAUCUCCUGGUCAUGAUUCAGGAGUGGUUGAAUCUUGCUCUCGACCUGGUGGUCAUGGUGAUAGCCGCGGUCCUGACAACACUUGCCGUCAGCCUUCACUCUAGCGCUGGCUUCGCGGGCGCUUCCUUAGUCACCCUUAUGGGAUUUGGAGAGAGCCUGUCAGGCAUUGUUAUCUACUAUACCAGGCUAGAAACUUCCAUUGGGGCGGUAGCUAGACUGAAGACCUUCAACGAGACUGUCAAGCCUGAAGACAGAGAGGAUGAACAAAUCUUCCCUCCUGAGUCAUGGCCUCACAGCGGUGCGUUGGAGUUUAAGGGUGUUUCCGCGAGCUACAGUAUGGAAAACAACGACGACCACACAUCCAGUCUAGCCCUCCGCGACAUUCAUCUCAGCAUUGCGCCAGGCGAGAAAAUUGCUAUCUGCGGUCGGACCGGAAGUGGGAAGUCAAGCCUUAUCGCCCUGCUUCUCAAACUCCUCGAUCCUGUCCCUGACACCGCAGGCAACAUAAUAAUAGACAACAUACCACUCCACAGGGUUGACAGAUCUACACUGCGUCAACAUAUCAUCGCGGUGCCCCAGGAAUCCGUAUUCUUACCCGACGGUACCACCUUCAAAACUAACCUGGACCCGUCUGGCGUAUCAACUCAAAGGGAAUGCCAAGCUGUACUCGAAUCUGUUGCACUUUGGAAUUUUGUUCAAGAGAGAGGCGGUAUAGAUGCAGGUAUGAGUGUAGGAACGCUCAGCGCUGGGCAACGACAACUUUUGUCGCUUGGAAGAGCAGUACUGAGGCGACGUAUCCGGACGGAGAAGCUGGGUGCAGAGGGCCAGAGUCUAGAAGGCGGGAUCCUGUUGCUCGACGAGGUGAAUUCAAGUGUUGACGUUGACACGGAACGCCUCAUAAGCGAGACCAUCAGGACCGAGUUCAAGGCUUACACUGUCAUUGCCGUAAGCCACCGGCUGGAUAUGGUCAUGGACUUUGAUCGAGUUGUUGUGAUGGAUGAAGGGGAAGUAGUCGAGGUUGGGAAUCCACUGGUACUGGCUGAUACAGCGGGAACCAAGUUCGCAAAUUUGGUGACGGCUGGGAGAAAGUAG